CAAUGUUGGUCGUGAAAAGGAAAAACGUAAGAAAAUUUUGAAUCAGUUCAUUUUGAACGUGAGAACGGUGUGGACGUAUUUUUUCCGUUAAUUUAUAUAUGUACUAGCAAGUACUUUUUUUUAUGUUAAAAAAAUUAAUCAUAAAGAAAGAGAAGAAACACAUAUAUUAUCUUUCCAACUUUUCAUACCUUGACAUAUUUAAUAAAAAAUUUUGAAUUUUUGAAGAAAAACUAUAAUUAAAUCCAUUAAACACGUUAUUAAAAUAAAAACCAAAUAUAAUAAUCAUGUGAGUGAUUUUAAAUUAAAAAUAUAUAUAUGUUUAUAGUGAUUAACUUAAAAAUUAAGUUCAUUGAGUGUUAUUUUAACAGAAUAAAAAGACAAAAAAAAUUUUAAGCUUACAUAUAUAUAUAAACAUUUAGUGGAUUUCAUAUAGCUUAUUGAUAAUUGGUUUGCAGAAAUGAAAAUUAAAUUAAACUUAAGUAGUAAUAUGCUUACCAACUUAUUAUCAAGUAAUUAAUAAAAACUUAAAAAAAACGUACGUAUCAAACAUAAACAUACUUUCCUAAAAAAAUUGUAAAUUUUAUAAAAGCAAAAAAGAAAAUUUGAAUAUUAAUCAUUUAAAAUUUAAUAUUUGAAAAAUAAACAAUUAUUUUAAGUUAUAUUCAAAUAUGACUUUACCAACAACAUAUCCAAUUAAUGGUACAGAUGAUGAUUCUGAUAUGUUUGGACCACCGCGAUCAUCUCCGCCAAUAGGCUAUCAUCAUCAUCGUUCAAAAGUACCUAUGAUAUCGCCAAAAUUAAGGCAAAGGGAAGAACGAAAACGUAUAUUACAACUGUGUGCACAUAAAUUAGAACGUAUUAAAGAUUCUGAAGCGAAUUUAAGGCGGAGUGUUUGCAUCAAUAAUACGUACUCACGUUUAACAGAUGAAUUAAGGCGUGAAAAACAAAGCCGUUAUUUGGCUAAUUUACCAAAAUCAGAAACAAAACCUGAAGCAGCUCAUAAUAGUACAUUUAAUUCAUAUAAAUGUUCCAGCAAUUUACCUAGCACAAAUAAUAAUAAUCAAAUAAACAGUAAUCAUAGUUGUAGUGCUAAUAACAAUUAUAAUAGUAACAAUUUACAGCAUCAAAAUGACCCCAUGGAAAUGUAUCCAAGCUCAACUAUACAAAAUUAUCAUAAUUUACAUUAUCAACAACAACAAUAUCAUCAAUCUUCUAUAAGCAACCAGACGUCAACAACAUGUAUUACAACAUCAGUCCAUUCGGCAGCAAAGCCAACAAUUCCAUGCAUUAACGCUAACAAUAAUAUCAUUAGUAACUUUAAUAGCAAUAAAAGUGUGAAUUGUAAUAAUAGUAGUAACGACAAUAGUGAUGAUGGAAAUAUUCUUAUUAAUAACAAGAAUAUUGAUAACAGUACGAGUAAUCGUGAAAGUAAUGGAGAAAAUAUUGAUAAUACCAACACUAACAUUAGCAGCAAUAAUAACAACAAAAUAAAUGAAAAUAGUGCAGAUUGCAGAGAUAUUGUGAAUAAUAGUGAUAAGAAUAUCAGUAAUACCGUCAAUGACAAUAACAAAUGCAUUGAAAACAAAAAUUAUAGUAACAUUCAUUCAAUAAGUCAUACGGAUAGUAAAACUGAAGAUUUUAAAAUAUUAUCAACUUCAUUACCGUCAUGUCAAUUUUAUUCUAAUAAUAAUUCAAUUGCAAAAGCUUCAUCACCGUCAGCAGUUCUAUCAACACCUAAUGAUUGUGCGUUAAUAUCAUCGUACAGUCAAACAUCGACAAUUUCGACCCCAACGACCGCAUUUACAUGCAAUAGUAGUACAACAAUAACGAAUGCGAAAGAAAAUUCAACAUCAAUGAUUUUACCAAUAUGUUCAAAAUUAUUAGCACCUUCGUCGUCAAUAUCAACAUCACUACCACAAGCAGCAACAUCAAUACUUGAAACAUCAUCAACAACUCGUAAUAAUAACGGUAAUGUUAACAAUAAUAACAAUAAUAAAUUUCUUUCAUCAUGCCAAAGCACAAACAGUGUAGAUACUGACUUAGAAAUAUUGGAUCGUGAAUUGAGUGCUAUUGAUGCAACGAUGCCAUUAACUGAUCCGGAAAUAACACAAGGAGUCGAGCAUUUAGAAAAAGCUGUAUCGUCAAGAAAACGUUUACGAAGUGAAGAUGAUAAUGAUCGCUUUGUUCGAGAAGCUUUAUCACAUUUUUAUUUACCAACAACAGUAACUACUACAGCACAAAAAUUGAUUUCAACAGUUAUUGAUGAUUGUCCUUUAGAUUUGAAAAGGCCAAAACUGUCAUUGUCAUCAACAUCGACAUUAUCGCCACCAUCUAUAUCAUCAAUAUAUGGUUUUGGUGCAAUUGGAAAUGCAAAUAUUAGUAGCAUUACUGGUAAUUGUUUUAAUUAUGGAAUUGGUAUUGGCCUUGGUUUUAAUGUGUGCAACAGCAUCGUUUCAAAUUCAUAUGCAAUUGGUUGUUGUAGUCAAGUUGUUGCAUCAUCAAUAAUGUCAGCAGCUGCCGCCACAACAAAUGGAUCAAUAAUAUCAUCAAAUAAUUUUAAUAACAACAGCAAUAAUAUUAAUACUAAUAAUAACUUAAUAACAAAUGAUUUAGAUUUAGAAUUAGCGUUAGAUUUAAAUUCACCAAAUCAAAAAGAAUUUGAAGUUAUUAUGGAUGCAUUGCGUUUAGGUACACCAAGCCCAACACCAAGUUGUGGAAGUGAUUCAUGUGGUCAAGCCGCAAUGAUGAGUGAAACUGGUAGUUGCAAUCCAAAUGGAAUAUUUAAUAACCUAGUUGUAACAUCAUUGGAAACAUAAAUAUUCUAAUCAUUAUAAACGUCAUACUUGUUUUUAAAAUUUACUUACAAAUGAAUUUAAAAAUAGAUUUUCAAAAAUUUGUACAUAAGUAUAUUUACAUAAAAAGUAAUUUAUUAAUCCUAUAUAGUAUUUAAGAGUAAAACAAAUAAUUGAAAAAGAAAUUCGAAUUAAAAGCACUGUAAAAUUGUAAAAAAGAAAGAAAUUAAAAAGCAUUAAAAUAAAAUAUUUUAUUUUAUAUUUAUACUUUCUUUAUUUUUAAAUAGAUAAUAUUUUGCGUCCAAAAACUAACUAUGAAAUUGAUUUUUGUAAUUAAUAUACUUUUAUAAACAAAAGAUUUAAAUUAAAAUAUGUUUGUUUUUAUCUACUUUUCCUUGCA